UCUGUCCUGUCUUUGUGUGAUAAUCUGAGCGGCAGCUAACGGCAGAAACACCGGAACGUCCCCGUGUUUCCUCGGAUUAACAGCCCGGUGAGAGUGCCCGGAUGGAGGAGAGAGAGGACAGCAGCGGAGGGAACGGGUCCGUUACCGGACCGACGGUGGUGAAGGUGGAGUACGGGGAGUCGUUCCCGCUGCACGCCGCCGAGGUCACCGAGCUGCACUUCCUGCGCACGCAGGUCCGAGAGCUGCAGAGAGAGAAGGCGGAGCUCCUGGCAGAGAACGACAGACUCAACAACAUGCUGAUCCACGAAAUCCCGGGGCUCUUGUCCACCAUGUGGCAGACGCUGGGCCAGGUCAACAGUCAUCACUCAGUCUCCACGGCAACAGGCAGGAGCGACAGUUACGCCGCGUACCUGCAUCAGCAGCACACAGCGGCCAAUCAGGACGCAGACUUCAGCCCGCAAGUGUUGGUGCAGCAGCUGCAGGACGAGCUGAGUGCCGACGCGUCCGAGUCCUGGGAGGACGGGGGGGCGCCGGGCCACACGGGGGAGGAGGCGCCACUCUGCCGCCAGACGGACAUGGAGGAGCUGAGGAAGAGCUGCUCCGAGAGCCAGUGCACCGCCCACGCCAACGCACACGCCACCCGACAGGUGGAGGUUUACCCAGGCUCUGGGGUUCUGUGUGAUGUCCGCUCCUGGCAGGCAGCCAAUCAGGCGCCGUCUCCCACGGCGAUGGCUCGGCUGCUGCUGCUGGGUGUGUUCGAUAUGAACACCCUGAUGAGCAGCAACCUGCGGGGGGGGCGGAGCCGGCGGCCAGCCUUCCACCCGCAACGCAACGCUCUGGACCCACACAAGAUCAACGCCAUCUUCAACGCCAUCUUGGCUCGGUUUCCUCUCGCUAAGAGAGGCGUCAUCGGCUCCGGCAUCAACUCCAAACUGUCUGAGAUCCGCUUCCACUCCCGCAGAGCCAAUCGGGACGCCCCGUUCCUCUGACGCUCCGCCCCCCACUGUCAGCUGGACCAAUCAGAGGGCUUCAUCUAAACUCUGCUCAGUUUCAGCUUCACACAGAGACUCAAAACACAAAGACACUUUUAAAGUCCAACUGUAGACGGACUGCAGUUAGCUGUGACUUUAAUUCUUAUUGUAUUUAUUGUUAUGAUCUAUUCGUCUUCUGUGUCGUUUAGUUUUUAGAAGCUCGCUGAGCUGCGUUUAAUGUCUGCAAGGUGCUUUACUAAUAAAGGUAUUAUUAUUAAAUCAACACAAA